AUUUACACUGCUGACCAUCCUGACGUUCGGUUCCGUCCUUCACAACUAUGCCUCGCACUUGACUGAUUCCUUGCGCUUGCCAGGAAAAGCGACGCUUAAGCAAAGACUAUCUUCAGUACCGUAAGAAAGCCUUGGAUAGAUGGAGCGCAGCAGGCGGCAGCCCGCCCAAAGUGGCGCUGCAGCUGCGAAGGCGAAGGCUUUAGAGCAAUUGCGCGCAGCCCGUGAAGGCUCCGGCAAACGUGCCCUUGCGUACGCAGUGAAGGAAGAAGAUGCAGUAUAUGAUGUAGUCGAUGAUCACCAGUACGCAGAAAUCGUGAAAAAGCGCCGAGACGCGGGGGACUUCAUAGUUGACGACGAUGGAGCCGGCUAUGCUGAUAUCGGGGAAGACGACUAUUGGAAUGAAAGGCCCGACGGCGAUGAGGGAGACGAAGAUGAGGACGAGGAUGGCGCAGACGGCAAGCACGCAAAUAAGAAGCGAAAGAAGGACCACGGCAAGGCCGGUUCCAAGCGCGGUGGCAAGGCCGACGGCGAGGAGGGCCCCUCCAAGCCCGAGGGCGGCAAUAUCACCUCUCUCUUCCGCAAGGCUGCAGCCAAGGGGGUUGCCAUCCCCGGUCUGCAGCGCGGCUCCGCCGCUGCUGCCGGCUCCAAGGCCACCGAUGCCUCCAGCGAUGACGUGCUGGACUCCAUCCUGGGAGACAUCCUGCCUGACGCACCGCUGCCGGCGGCAGCAGCGGCGGUCAGGGGUCCAGCAGCAGCGGGUGGCGCCUUCGGCAGGCCGGUAGCCGCCCUCCGCCCGCCCCACAUGCCCAUGGCAACUGCCGCCCUGCCCCGGCCCUCCGGUGCCGCCGCUGUCGCAGCCCGGCCCCUCCUCUAUAGCGGCGGAGCCAUGGGGCACCAUGCAGCCGCUGCAGCAGGAGUAGGAGCUGCGGGUGGGGUGGUGGUGAAGCGCGAGGAGCAGUAUCAGCAACAGGAGCAGCAGCAGCAGCACCACGCGUACCAGGAGGAGGCUGUGGGUGCUGAUGGUGGUGAUGGUGAUGAUGAUGUCAUGACGGAGGCUGGAGCGGGAGGAGACGCCAUGCAAGUCGAGGAGGACGCUGCGGCCGCUGCAGCGCCCUCCAUCAAGCAAGAGGAGGACGUCAAGACCCAUGCGCCCUCCGCCGCUGCUACAGCUCCAGCUGCUGCCCCCGUCCCUGCGGUCAACAACCGCAACUUUGUGGAGACCCCCGCCACGCCACUCGACGGGGCAGCGCUGCAGCGAGUGGAGGAUGUGUGGGAGGACCUCAAGUAUGCCGAGGGGGCGGGUAACGAUGAUGGCGCCCCAGGCGCCGCACCCUCCCCCCUGCCCGACGGCCUGACGCCCGGCGCCGCUGCCGUACAGGGCAACGGCGCCUUGUCCGCCCACGGUGCCUCGGCUGCUGCUCCGCUGCCGCUGGAUGCUGCCGGCGUGCUGCCCUUCUACCUGCUGGACGCGUAUGAGAACCCGGAUGCACGACCUGGCGAGGUUCUCCUGUUCGGCAAGGUCGAGGCCGAGGCGGGCCGCUGGCAGAGCUGCGCGGCUUGCGUGCGGGGGCUGCAGCGGAGCCUGCUGGUGGUGCCGCGACCCGAGGUGUUUGCCGACCCGGACGGGGCCAUUGCGGGGCUGGAGGCGGCGGUGAAGGAGCAGCCGGGCAGGAGGGUGGAGCUGCUCAAGAUGCUGCAGGAGCGCUGCUCUGCAGUUCGCGAGGAGGUCCGCUCUCUUCUCUCCCGCGCCGGCGUGUCCUCCCUGCGCAUGGUGCCGGUAAAGCGGAGCUACGCGUUCGAGCACCCUGAGGUGCCGCAUGGGGAGCAGUGGGUCAUCAAGGUCCGCUACCCCGCGCACCUGCCCACGCUGCCCAGCUCCUCCUCCGGCGGGCCCCCCAGCGGCAAGACGUUCGUGGCCAUCUUUGGAACGCAGCAGAGCUGCCUCGAGGCUCUGAUGCUGAAGCGGCGGAUCAAGGGCCCCGGCUGGCUGGGUCUGCAGCAGCCGCAGCGGGUCGAGUAUGCCAACCAGUCCACUUGGUGCAAGGUUGAGGUGUCCCUGGACGGCCCCAAGCGGCUGCUCAGCGCCGAGAAGGGGCUCCCGGUGGACACCGCGAGUCGCCCCGCACCCCCCCUCGUGGUGGCCUCGCUCAGCCUCAAGACCAACAUACACCCCAGCACACACCAACACGAGGUUGUCGCGGCCAGUGUGGUGCACCUGUGCGGGGUGUCCCCCGACGCGCCGCUCAGCUCCCGCGACUGGAGCAGUCCGCAGCGGCUGCGGAACUUCAGCAUCGUGAGGAGGCUGGACGGGCAGGCGUGGCCGCAUGGCAUGGAGUCUGCCGCCGCCUCCGAGAACGCCACCCCCCGGGGCCGCGCCAACGGGGGCAACAUGGUGUCGCUGGUGGCGUCGGAGCGCUCGCUGCUGACCUGCCUGCUGGCCAGGCUGCAGGCCCUGGAUGCCGACGUGCUGGUGGGUCACAACAUCUCCGCGUUCGACCUCACCACCCUCCUUACCCGCAUGCAGCACCACAAGGUUCCCCUGUGGAGCCGCAUCGGCCGAGUGAAGAAGACCGAGUUCCCUCGUCUGACGGGCGGGGGGCACACGUUUGGAGGCGGGGCGGGGGCAGGGGUCCUGUCCACAGUGGCAGGACGCCUCCUGUGCGACACCUACCUCUCGGCCCGGGAGCUCGUCAAGUCGGUGGACUUCACCCUCGCCACGCUGGC